AUGAAAGCAAUGGGAAUAGCAUCUGUUGAUGGCUCGGAAUGUACAGAAGUGAUGGCUCCAGUUGCACACAAGGACCGAAGCCCUGUUCUACUCCUUAUGGGUGGUGGUAUGGGUGCAGGAAAGAGCACUGUUCUUAAAGAGAUUAUCAAAGAACCAUUUUGGGCAGGAGCAGAUGCUGUAGUGAUAGAAGCUGAUGCUUUCAAAGAAUCUGAUGUGAUAUACAGAGCUCUAAGCUCCAGAGGCCAUGCUGAUAUGAUCAAGACUGCUGAAUUCGUUCACCAAUCAUCAACAGAUGCAGCAUCAUCACUACUAGUAACAGCUCUCAACGAAGGGAGGGAUGUGUUAAUGGAUGGAACACUCUCGUGGGUACCAUAUGUGGUACAGACCAUAACCAUGCGAGGAACGUGCAUCGCCACCGUUACAGAAUGGGAGCUGGCUACAAGGUUGGUGAAAACGGAGACGUCAUAG